UUAAGAUGGUGUUUGGUUAUACGGACCUUGUCGUCUCAAGUAUGAAAAUAUACAGGUUCUUCAUACUGAUACAUACUACAGGGCUUUAAAUUUUUCCCCUCGACCGAUUCUUAAAGUUUAUCAUUCACCCCCCCAAUGGGUUGAAUGCAGUGGCAUAGCCUCGGACAACGAUUCUUGGGUCGCUUCCCUUGCAGUCUCCUCUUCUGUCCCACAAUCCUGCGUGGUGCGGACUCGGCACGUUCAGUAACGAAGACGAGUCAGUCUGUUUUCGCCCCCUGUGCGCAUCCGACGUAACGGGGUUCCGUCGUUCCACCGAAUUUUCGCGAUCUUCUCUCCGCUCGAUUUUCCGAACGUCGCGUUUGCGGUAACGGUAGCGAGAGGGUGUUUCUUGAUUUCCCAGCAACUGGAUUAAUGAUUUGAGAUAGUGAUGUGGCGAUAAUUUAUGACAAGUACUCUGAGUGUUGAAAGUGCCAUGGAUUAAUCAACUCCUUCUUGAAAUAGAGAUGGUAUUUCAGGCGACAUGAAAUUGACAUCUAUUCUUCUUCUUUCAUGGAUAAAGUUCUUCCUGUUCUAUUCAGCAGCUUCGUUAUCAGGACAUGGGGACAGCAGGUUCCACACGCGGCAUCCCCACACCAGCCUGCCCCAUCGUCGGACCAUCAGAGCUGACAGGGGUACCAACUACAGCUACGACAACUCCCAGAAUACGGACAGCGCGGAUUUCGUGCAGAUGUACGCCAAGCAAAACGUGCAGCUGAUGUUAGAGUGCGCGGUUAACAUUAAUUUUAGUACGAGCAUUUGGCUGAAAGACGGUCAGAUUGUGCAGACUCUGUUGAAACAGAACACGAACGGUAAGAGGGUGCUAGAGCAUAGGUUUUUAGUGGACGCCACUGGGAGUCUGUUCAUCGACAACGUGAGGUUGGAGGAUGAUGGUAGAUGGCAGUGCGAGGCUGAGGAUGCCUUCGGGUUCGUGGUCACUGGCAAGCCCAUCCAGCUUACUGUGUUAGAUCCACCAAAGAAGGCCUACCUAAUGAUCGACAACAGAAUCCUGGACCCUGGAAAUCCCUUCAUUCCAGUGAAGGAGAAUUCCGAUUUGACGGUCUCCUGUGUGGUGGACGAGGGAAAUCCGAAACCUGCACUUUCCUGGGAGCUCCGAUUGGGUUCACUGGCUCUUCUAGACGUCCCAGAGAUACCCCUGGAUGUGCUGAACAUCACGGAGACCCAGCGAGAUCAAAAUGUGGGAGCCAGGUGUGACGCAAGCGUCGGUAGAGUGCUGAGAACACACCACAACGCCACUCUGACGUGUUUCAUCCAUCACAUAGCACUGGAGCAAGCACUAAACGUAUCUGUUCUGCUCAAUGUGGAAUACACGCCAUCAUUUGCAAUAUCACGGGAACCAGGUUUUGGUAUCCCUAUCCGGGAAGGUAUCCCUGUAUCCCUGAAAUGUGACGUGGACGCCAACCCCAGAGCCAGCCCCAUAUGGCAGAAAGACGAUGUUAGCCCUCCUGUGCAACAAAGCCCGGAUGGUUAUUUGAAUUUCACCGAAAUAAGAAGAGAGCACAGUGGCUGGUACAAGUGCAUUGCAAGGAACAGGUUGGGGAGGUUCUCCAGCAUCGGAUAUUUCCUCAACGUCAGAUCCGAUCUGGAAGUCACUCAAGAACCAGAAUUCGACAUAGGUGAAUUGAGUUCGACCGGUCGACAGAUCGAAGUCUCUCUAGGUGGUGCUGUCCAGCUAGCUUGUCCUCCAGGAACUAGUGGUUGUUGGACGAGACUGGAACCUGGUUCUGGUCGUUUACAGCCAAUGGGAGCAUCCCAAGAACUUCGCCUGGAUAGAGUAAUCUAUCAGGAAGCUGGAGAGUACAGAUGCGUAGCUCCUAGUAGAGAAACAACAAAACGUCUCGAUUCUCUGAGAAACAUGAUCUCCUUUGAGGUGGUCGUCAAAGGUAAGCCUGUAGUAACGCCGAUCCAUAAAAACGUCACGGCAGUAUUUGGACAACCACUCACAUUGACGAUGGAGUUCUGCGCUAACCCUCCCUACAAUAGAGCAUUCUGGAUAGCCAAAAAUAAGGUCUACAAGCCAGGAGAUGCUGACACCACUGUGAUUGCAUAUAGAAUAACGAAUUCAUCUGCCCCCCACUGCCACCAAGCCGUGCUGUUCCUUACUAAAGUCUCAGCUACAGAUGUCGGAGAGUAUACGUUUAUGGUACGGUCGCCAAAUGGUAUAUCCGAAGGAAAUUUUUUUGUAAAUAUGACUUAUGCUAGCGGAUACAUAGUCCAUACAGAAGCCACAGUAUCGAUGAACGAAUCACCCAGUAACUUUGCCAAAAUGUACUUUAUAAGUGUUAUAUUUUUAUUACUGAAUUGUUACUGACUGACAUAGAUGAGAAUCCACAGGUGGUAUACUUCAAGUCCCAUCGUCGAUCGACUACAAAUUUCCAUUCAAAAAUUGCCGAAUAUUCCACGAAAAAUCUUCAUAAUAGGAUUAUUUUAAGGUCUUAACUGUUGAAGUGUUUUGCAACCAUUCGACGAUAAAUUUCUCUCAUUCUCGUGCACCGACUUAUGAAGAUAAUAACGUUUGCAACAUCUUUCGAAAACUAUUUGAAAGAUAUAUGCCAGCAUUAUAUAGAUUAUUUUCUCCUUUCAUAAACUAUUCAAUUAUUAAUAUAGCAUAACAUUAACGAAAAACUGAAGAAAAUUAUCUCCUUUUUUUUGAGAAAUUUUAUUAAUUUCAAAUUCAAUUUACUUUGAAAUUCUGAUGGUGAAAACCUGAAACGCCUUAUGAGCAUUGUGAUCCCAUAAUUCAAUUGGUGUUUGAAUAAUUAGGUAAAAUUAAUUUUCAGUAUUUUGUUACUUAUAUAUCUCCAAACAGAAAUAAAUGAAAAAUAAAUUUGGAAACACGUAUUUUCUUAUUUGAUUAGUCUUUAAUUUUUUGAACAAAAUGGAAGUAAUAAGUAAUAAGAUCAGCAAUCAACAAUUUAUUUCCUCCAAAAUUUCCAUGGCAAAUCGAAACCAACCAAUCCAUAUAGAUUUUUAAGAAAACAUAAAAAAGGGGGCUGGUUCAUAAAUAGCUGUAUAAUAUGAUCGUUUUCUGUAAUAUUAGACGAGUAGUGGAUAUAUUUUUAGGUGGAAUUGUGAUAGCUGCCUUUAAUGAAACUAUCCCCAAGUAAAAUUUUGUAAGAAAAUGCAAAACACUGAAUUGAAAAUUUGGCAAUUUUGAAUGAAAAUUUCAAUCUACUUUUAACACAUACAACUGAGAAAAAUCAAUUUUCUUGUAUAUUUUAAAAUAAUAUAAAUGUAUAGUUUUAUAUUGGUUCCAGUUUUUACAUGUAUAAAUCUGUUGAUAGGUCAAGCUUAAAUGUUAAGAUGAAUGUAAGUAAUAAUAAAAUACACGUCCAAAUAUG